AUGGCCGCUCGCAGUGAAAAUGCGUGUCCAAAUCGUAUCCCCCCAGAAGCAGUAAGAAGACUUGCUAUAGAUGGCUUAACUUAUCCCGUAGUGUUUAAGUCUAUGAUAGAUGACUGGCCGUCAGUAAAAUGGACAAAUGAAAGUCUUGCUGAAAUAUUACUUGACCAGACGGUAAAGUUUCGGAUUGGGACCCGGAAGUGGGCUGACGAAAAAGGAGUGCUAUGGGAGAGAGACUGUAUGUACAGAAAUGCUACACUUUACUGUUAUAAUGAGUGGCUUAACAAGGACAGUGAACAACUUUCAGAAGACAAUCCUCUAAAGGAGUUCCCCUCCACUGAUUAUUGGUGUUAUGCUGAUUAUAAAUAUAUGGCACAUGUAUUCCAAGACAGGACAGAUAUUUUGAAGUCAGUAAAAUGGAGUAAUUUUGGAUUUGCUGACAGAGAUGGAACAGAGAGUACAAUCUGGAUUGGCAGUGAAGGAUCACAUACACCAUGUCAUUUUGAUACAUACGGAUGCAACCUGGUGGCACAGAUACACGGCAAGAAAAAAUGGUCUUUGUUUGCCCCACACCAGACAGCAAUGUUGUACCCUACUAGGAUCCCAUAUGAGGAAUCCAGCGUAUUCAGUCAUGUCAAUAUCACCAAUCCUGAUCUAAAAAAACAUCCAUGUUUUCAAGAUGCCACACCGUACGUAAUUACAUUGCAGCCUGGUGAUGUGUUGUAUGUGCCAAGACAUUGGUGGCAUUUUGUGGAGUGUUUGACUCCAGCUAUCAGUAUAAACACAUGGAUUGAACUGAAUGUGGAUAACCAAGCCCGGUUAGAAGAGUCUAUUGUUCGACUAAUUACAUGUAAUAUGAUGUCAUCAAAGAAUACCAAUGAUGGUUCAUGGCUGAAUCCAACAGAAGAAAUGACAUCACCUGAGGUGAAUCUAGAGUACUUAAAAGCCGCUAUGAAAUCAGUGGAUGAAAAAAAUACAGAACAAAAUCAAGGUCAAGGUGAACCAGUUUGUAAAAUGAGAAAAACUGUACAAAAAUCUGAACAGAAAGAGUCUUCAAAAUGCAGUUCAGAGUGUUCUCCAGUAGCAAUGCAUUCAUCGCAGUGUCAAACUUCUCUUGCAUUGAACAUUACUGAAUGCAGUUCAUUUAUUGAAAAAGUGAAAUGUACAUCAUCAAUACGGGAAUCUACAAGUAAUGUUCAGGACUCUGAAAAUCAAAGAUCAGUGGAGUGUACCGAGGACAAUGGAAAAGAAUGUGAGACAUCGCUUGAACUGCUUGUAGAGUGUCUUACGCAUCCUAGUGUUGUGCGUCAGGUGGCUGACUUGCUUAAAGAAAAAUGUUCCAAAAAAUAA